UCGAAGACACAAGGAAAGGGAUAACAGGUAGAAUAGAGUAGAAUAAGCUUUGGCAGAACAAAGAAGACAUCAUAGAACAGGACAACGCUUCCAAGUUUGUCCAUAAACAGAAACAAUUUCAUUUUUCAUAAUACUAUUAGCCAACAAUUAAAAAUUUACUGCACAGCAACUUAAUAUUGGUGCAGAUAAAAUUGGGACAAGGUGACAAUAACAAAAGUAUGUUGGAAGCGCCAUCGCAGCGAUCACGGAAACAGCCAUCUUCACUUACAGAUACCAAAAGCAGUAACGGCAUUAACAACGCCAUCGUCAUGAAAGAGAAAUCGUCUAUUUUAAUUCCAAAUGAUUCAGGAACAUCUCUAUCGAGCUCUUUAGAGAAUCCGAAAAAUGCAUCAGACGAGGGCUCAACUAUUGCUUCAAGAACGGAGGAGGAAGGGGAGGAAGGAGAGUUGGAAGAGGGAGAAAGUGACAUGGAAAUGAGAGAACCUUCGAGUUAUGAGAAACAAAAUGCAAAUACAGCGAGCAAUAUAAAGAAAAAUAAUAAUCAACGCCAAAUUUCAGCAAUAAGGCCUAAUGCUUCUCAAGAGACACUAAACGGAAAAGAAUUAAAAAGAAGUCGACAAAAGGCAUUAGAUGACAAAAACGAGGAUGAGGAUCUGAAUAAAGAAUCUAAGGCAACUGAAGCCCUAGAAGAUGCAGAAGAGGGCGCGAUCGAUGAAGAGGAGGAUAAUGAAAAUGGAAGGGAAGGGGAAGAGGAAGAGGAAGGUGAAAUUGUCGAUGAAAAAGAAGAUGCCGCUGAUGCCCAAGAAGAACAAGUUGAUACAAUAGAUGAUGCCUCAACUCAGCAGUCAGAGGAUCAUGAUGAUGAUGGUGAUGUUGUCAUGGCCGAAGAAGAAGAAGGAGAGGGAGAGGAAGAAGUAGAGGAGGGAGUAGAGGAGGAAGUAGAAGAAGCAGACGAAGGAGCAGAAGAGGGAGAACAGGAAAGGGGCGAAGAAAGCGUGACACCCCUGGCUCAUACGGAAGAUGAAGAAGAAUCCCAUAUGGACGAUGAGGAAGAAGGAGAUGUAGAAGAAGAGGAAGAGGGAGAUGAUGAAGCUGAAAAUAAGGAUGAUCAUGAGGAGCCAAGGCAGCCGUCCAAGCCAGAAAGUAAAGAGCCGGCUUCUUACACUCAAAAACCUACAUUAAACCGCCCAGCACAGCUGAUGGAGGAAGAACUGAAGGAUAGUGGGGAUGAGCUUUCAGAUCUGUCCGAAUUUGACGAUACGGAUGACUCAGAUGAAGAUGAAACUGAUAAACACAGCACAAGCAGUGGAAAUAAGUCAAAGACAAGCGGCGCAAAUUCAUCUUCAGCGACAACUACUAAUACUGUAACCAACAGUCGACCAUCCCUCGUGGGGCGCAAGAGAUCUUUCCGUGAGCAGAGCAUGGAAUUAAAAGAGCAAGAAGGGAAAUUGAAAGAAGCUACUGAUGUUGAAACAAACAACCAACACUCGGACAAGGAGUCAGGAUCUGAAGCACUUGAAGAGGAGGAGGCUGAAGAAGAGAAAGUUGAAGGAGACGACGAUGCAGAGGAGGAAGACCUUGAAAAGAGGCAGCGACACAUGGAUGCAUUAGAAGCGCUAACGACAAUAGAAGUUGAGUUUGCGACUUUACGUGACAAGUAAGCUAUAACACCUUUUUUUUAAACUAAAGAAAAGUCGGUGAUUGCAAUAUACCUAUACAUCAUCUCAUGCUGCUUGAAUGGGGUAAUAGAAUGUACGAUGAAAGGAUGCUGGAGCUCGAGAAAGAAACAGAGAUGAUCAAUGAUGGUAAGACGCAUGAAAGGGUUUCGUGCAUUACAGACCGAUGUCCAAAUGCCUACUUGCGACUAAAUGGAUUUCUUC